GAAACAGACAAAAAUCUUACCUGGCAGCGGAUAAACUGAACGCAGCACGCAUGUCCCGGGUUUAUUUCUGCUCCCGUUCGUAGAAGAGAGUGUUUAUUCACGGAUAUUCUCAGAAAAUGCGACAGUUUGCUCGCCGCUUAUAAGGAGGACACAUAGACUGUGAGGACACAUAGACUGUGAGGACACUGUGAAGCAGUGAGAGCUGAUAAAGCUGACAGAGAUACAGAAUGACAGAGAGAAGCAGCUCUCCUGCAGCUCGCACCGUGCUGCAGCAGUGUCUGCAGGCCAGACUGCAGGUGAAACCAGCAGACGAACACUCAGAGGCUCAGUUUGUCCAGAUCGACAGAGGAAUGGUGAUCUAUAUCUGCUUCUUUAAAGGAGCCACAGACGAAAUCCUACCAAAGAUGGUGUCCUCGCUGUUGAACCUGCGGCUGUGUGAGUCCGACUCGGGGAGGAUGGUGUCGGUGGUGGAGCUGCCCGGCAGCGUGCUGCUCGUCCCUCAGGCCACGCUGGGCGGCAAGAACAAAGGCCGCGCCAUGCAGUACCACAACAACAUCAGCAAGGAGGACGGGCUGCGGCUCUACCACGCCUUCGUCUCUCUGUGUGAGAAGGAAGUGACGGCUGCUUCGGCUGAAGUGACGGUGAAACACGGGACGUACGGAAACAGACAAGUGCUGAAGCUCGACACCAACGGACCGUACACACACCUGAUGGAGUUCUGAGCAACUCAGCUUCUCUAGCUCCAUCAGGGAGGUCAGAGAUGCUCUUCAUUAAUGUCUAAAUAUCAACAAACAAAGCUGGAAACAGUCACUGAGACUUUAUGUGUUGAUGUCAGAUUUAUGCCUUUGUUAUAUAAACAAAAGUACAUUGGAAUAUGUCACAUUUUUUGUGUAAUUCCCAGUGGCGGUUCUAGACCAAUUUUACU